GACAGAUCGCCAUCUCUCUCACUCUCUCUCUCUCUCUCUCUCUCUCUCUCUCUCUCUCUUUGAAUGCUGAUUUAGCCCGUAGUUGUUGCUCAUCCUUCCGCUUAACCCUCCCAUUGAACAACAGACACAGCUUAUAGAGCAAAGCGAGAUUCAAAAAACAAGCUUUUUUUUUUUAUUUUCUUUUACUUACUUAUUCUCACUUAAGCGGAUAAAACCGUCUUAAUCCACUCCUAAAUUCAAGGAAUUCUCUCACGCCCCCCCCAUGGAGAUAACUAGGUGAGAGAGAUUUUCAAAAGAAAAACAAAAAAUUACCCUCUAAUUCUAAGCCUAAUCCCUGAACCCAAAAAGAAAAAAGAGGAACACUCUGAGAAACUGAGAGAAAAGCUAGCUCUUUUCCAAAUGGGUUUUCCUAUUCUGUUUUCUAGCUGUUAUUCUCAAGCUUAAAGCUUCUCAAAGUUGCAUACUCAUUUAAUUUUCUUCAAUCAAACUGUUUUGCUCUGUUUUUUUUCUUAGCAUUGUUUUACAUGGAAUUGGACAUGCGAGAAAUUGAAGGAAAACAAACCCAUGAUCCAAUUUUCAUUGAGAAAAUGAAGAAUUCUCCAUCAUCAUCAUCAAGAUGUGUUUAUGUUGUUGGACCGUUAAUCGUCGGAGCAGGGCCUUCAGGAUUAGCCACAGCGGCGUGUCUGAAAGUGAAAGGAGUACCAAGUGUGAUACUAGAGGGAUCCAAUUGCAUAGCUUCUCUAUGGCAGCUAAAGACAUAUGAUCGUCUUUGUCUCCAUUUGCCCAAGCAAUUCUGUGAGCUUCCUUUCAUGGGUUUUCGUACUGAUCUCCCUACUUAUCCAACCAAGCAGCAAUUCAUCAAGUACUUAGAAGAUUAUGCAAAAAAUUUCGAUAUCAAACCCAGGUUCAGUGAGUAUGUCUCACAUGCUGAGUAUGAUUCGACGCUCGGUUUUUGGCGCGUGAAGAGUGUGGGACUAAAGGGUGAAACAGAGUAUGUCUGCCGGUGGCUGAUUGUGGCCACCGGAGAGAAUGCGGAGGCGGUGGUGCCGGAGAUUGAGGGAAUGGGUGAGUUUGGAGGGGAUAUAAGGCAUACAAGUUUGUAUAAAAGUGGGCAGGAGUUUAGUGGGAAGAGAGUUUUGGUUGUUGGUUGUGGGAAUUCAGGCAUGGAGGUUUGUUUGGAUCUCUGCAAUCAUAAUGCUAGGCCAUCUCUUGUGGUCAGAGACACAGUUCACGUACUACCAAGAGAGAUGCUGGGAAAAUCAACUUUCGGGUUGUCGAUGUGGUUGCUAAAGUGGCUACCCAUGCGGCUUGUCGAUCGCAUCCUUCUAAUCGUGUCAAGGGUGAUGCUCGGUGACACCUCUCGCUUCGGAUUGGACCGGCCCAGAUUGGGUCCCUUGCAGCUCAAGAACCUGUCCGGAAAGACACCCGUUUUAGACGUUGGGACGCUCGCCAAGAUCAAAAGUGGAGACAUUCAGGUACAUCCAGGCAUCAAGAGGCUAAAACGUCAUGUGGUAGAAUUUACAAAUGGAAGAAGUGAAAAUUUUGAUGCAAUCAUCUUAGCAACCGGUUACAGAAGUAAUGUACCCUCUUGGCUAAAGGAAGGAGAAAUGUUUUCAAAGAAAGAUGGACUUCCUAGAAACCCAUUCCCUAAUGGAUGGAAAGGUGCAAGUGGUCUGUAUGCGGUGGGGUUCACCAAACGUGGAAUACUGGGUGCAACAAUGGAUGCCAAAAGAAUUGCAGAAGAUAUAGAAAGCUGUUGGAAAGCUGAAUCAAAGCAUCGUACACCCUUUAGUUGCUCACUACUUUUGCCACUCUCAUCCUCAUGAUUUUGGUUGGAGAACUUCUUACUUACCCAAUUUACACAUACCCCAAAAAAAAAAAAAAAGGUGAGAGAGAGAGAGAGAUCAGAGACCCAAGAAUCAGAAUUUGACCCAAAAAAAAAAAAAAGGGAAAAGAUUUUAUAUGUUACCAAAGAUUGAAGAAAAACGCUGAAAGAAAGUUGGUACUCCUCCGAUUGAGGAAAAGGAAAAAAAAAGGAGUUCAAAAAGGGAGAGAAUUAUAUCAGUGAUCCCUUUUCAUAGGAAAAAUUGACAGAUCUCCUCCAGCCUCGAGAGUACAAGGAUGGCCUUGGGAAAGGAGGAAAAAAAAACUUUGUGAGAGUGAAAGAAGGAACGGUGUAUUUGUUGUUUUUGAGCCUUGGGGAAUCUCAUUAUCAUGAUUAUCAUGAUCAUGAUGAUGAUGAUCAACCAGUUUGUACAUCUUGUACAUUGCCAUUUUUCUCUAAUUAGGUAUGACUUCUUAGGGGAGAGAGAGAGAGAGAGAAAGAGAGAAAACAAAAGAGAUGAAGAGGGUUUUUUGGUAUUGCCAAGUGAUAUGAUUGUGUUUUUAUUUUUUUAUUUUAACCAUAUAUUAAUUUAAUUUUCCAUGAGGGGUUGGGGAAAUUAAUGAGAGAGAGUAUAAUAACAUUAAAUUCUAAUGUUUUUCCAUAUAAUCUUUAUAGUAAAGCCUUUUGUAUUGAUUUUAAUCCCUAUGUAUGUUUGGCCAAAUUUAUUUAAUUGUGUUCGAAUUCAAUUUAGAAGGAAAAAUUGAAAAUUCUCUUAUCUAUUCUACACCGCAAAUCAACUAAGAAGUGCUUAUGGAUUCCUGCUUUUAUAAACGCUCUAAAGCGCUAUUAAUGCAUAUAGACUGUUUCUGUGAGUCUAGUCCAUGAUCCUCAUGAACGCAAACUGACAUAAUUUAUUGCUUCAACAGUUGAAUAUUGAAAAAACUGGAGAAAAAAUGAAAUCAUAUCAUAUUAAUAUUUGACUUUUAUUUUUCUCUUAUACUUGUUUGGCUUGACAUUGCUACGAUAUAUGAAUUCCGUACAAAACUUUCUUCUUCUUUUUUUCCCAGGUUAAAAGGGUGUACCAUUUUUCUUUUUUUUUUUUUUGUGUGUGACUGGUCAGGCAUGCAAUUUCGUUGUCAAAAUGAUUUCAGUACCCCCAAGUAGAAGAUUGGACCACAGCCUUUUCAAAUCGAAGUUGGAUACCACAGCCUUUUGAAAUCGAAGUUGCAUAACAUGCGCAUUUGGUACUCCACCCCAAAAAAAAAAAAAAAAAAAAAAAAAAAAAAAAAAAGAGAAAAAAAAAAAUUAAAA